GCUAGAUUUCUGAGAGUCAGCGAGACGAGCAGAGAGGGAGAGAGGAGACUCAGAAGCAGAUGUGAGAAUGAUUCACGUGUGAGAGCUUGGUGGGCGGAAGCUCGAGGCAGAUAGGGCAAAGGGACUGGAAGACUAGUGGACCCUUCAAGUUUCCUGACGGUCUUUGUUGGAAUAAAGGCAGGAGAGAGAGAGAGAGAGAGAGAGAGAGAGAGAGAGAGAGCAGCAGCACUUGUCUCCACUCCCCCUCAUAGCAAUUGGGAGAGCAAGUCUAAAUCAUGUUGUAUAUCAGUGCUGUUGUGCUGUGAUGUUGCUCAGGGAGAGCCCGGCGCAGAGUAGGCAGCCUUGUGGACCAGUACUCAGACCCAGGAUCAGCCCAGCCCUCUCAGAACUGGAGACCCUCUCCCCGCCACAUCCCUCGCCUCCACCACGUGCCCACUUCAGUGACAUGUACCCUGAAGAGAGCCGGGGGUCUGGAGGGUUAGGCACUGUGGACUUCCUGGAAGGGACAUACGACUAUGCGGCCCCCACCCCUGCCCAAACUCCUCUUUACAGCCACUCCACCCCUGGCUACUACUCUGCUCCUCUUGACUCCCACGGACCACCCUCAGAUGGCAGCCUUCAGUCUCUGGGUAGUGGGCCUACCAGCCCUCUAGUGUUUGUGCCCUCCAGCCCCAGACUCAGCCCCUUUUUGCAUCCACCCAGCCACCACUAUCUGGAAACCAGCUCAACACCCGUCUACAGUCAGCAGUCAGUUUCCAGAGAGGACCAGUGCGGCACCAGUGACGAGUCAUACAGUCUGGGGGAGUCGGGGGCUGGAGCGGGGGCAGGGGGGUUUGAGAUGGCCAAAGAGACGCGUUUCUGUGCUGUGUGCAGUGACUAUGCCUCUGGGUACCACUACGGGGUGUGGUCCUGUGAGGGCUGCAAGGCCUUCUUUAAGAGGAGCAUCCAGGGUCACAAUGACUAUAUGUGCCCAGCAACCAAUCAGUGUACUAUUGACAGGAAUCGGAGGAAGAGCUGCCAGGCUUGCCGUUUAAGGAAGUGUUACGAAGUGGGCAUGAUGAAAGGAGGUGUGCGCAAGGACCGUGGGCGUGUUUUGCGACGUGACAAACGACGGACUGGCACCAGUGACAGAGACAAGGCCUCUAAGGACCUGGAGCACAGGACAGUGCCUCCUCAGGACGGGAGGAAACGCAGCAGCAGCAGUGCUUGCGGUGGAGGAAAAUCCUUGCUGACUAACAUGCCUCCUGACCAGGUUCUCCUCCUGCUCCAGUGUGCCGAGCCCCCAAUACUGUCUUCUCGUCAGAAGCUGAGCCAACCCUACACCGAGGUCACCAUGAUGAACCUGCUCACCAGCAUGGCCGAUAAGGAGUUAGUCCACAUGAUUGCCUGGGCCAAGAAGCUUCCAGGUUUCCUGCAGCUGGGCCUCCAUGACCAGGUGCAGCUGCUGGAGAGCUCCUGGCUGGAGGUCCUGAUGAUCGGCCUCAUCUGGAGGUCCAUCCACUGCCCCGGCAAACUCAUCUUUGCACAGGACCUUAUACUAGACAGGAACGAAGGCGACUGUGUUGAAGGCAUGGCUGAGAUCUUCGACAUGCUGUUGGCCACUGCUUCCCGCUUCCGCCUGCUCAAACUCAAACCUGAGGAGUUUGUCUGUCUCAAAGCUAUCAUCUUGCUUAACUCGGGUGCCUUCUCUUUCUGCACAGGCACGAUGGAGCCCCUCCACGACACCGCAGCAGUUCAGCACAUGCUGGACAUCAUCACAGACACUCUCAUACAUCAUAUCAGCCAAUCAGGUUGCCCGGUUCAGCAGCAGCCGAGACGGCAGGCCCAGCUGCUCCUCCUGCUCUCCCACAUCAGACACAUGAGCAACAAAGGCAUGGAGCAUCUCUACAGCAUGAAGUGCAAGAACAAAGUGCCUCUGUACGACCUGCUGCUUGAGAUGCUUGAUGCUCACCGCCUCCACCGCCCAGAAAGACCAGGUGAGCCGUGGUUCAAUGCUGAUGGAGAGCCUCUCUCCACCACCAGCAACGACAACAUCAGCAUCAGUGGCGGCGGCUCUUCUUCAGGUGGUUCCAGUUCAGGACCCAGAGACAGCCAUGAGAGCCCGAGCAGAGCCCCCACCGUCCUGCAGUAUGGGGGCUCCCAUUCUGAUUGCCCCCACAUCCUAUGAGACGGAGCUUAGCAAGCUUCAUCUGAAGGUCAUAGAUAUGUUUAGUACAGAAUGAGGAUGAAAUAUAAUGGUUGUAUCUGAAUUAAUUUCAUGAGAUAAUUAUUUAUAAAUUAAUUGAUUUUAUAGUUGUAUCGGUAUAUUUUUCUUUUGCAAUACUCUAAUUCACUACAAUUUGAGCGUCAAUGCAGUUAAUCUUUUAUGUUGCCUUUCAAUAUUAUCUGUGAUUUUGAGGCAGCCUCUAACAACUUUACAGUACAGCUUAUUAUUAUCAAAACGGCAGGUGUUAGGUCAUAUUGUGGCACUCUGUUAGCUUUGAGAUGAUGAGCAGCUCAUUUUUCUUUUUGUUUUUCCAGAACCAAAGUGCACUUCCUCUGGGCUUGAAGGGGCUAUUGGGCUUUAUAGUUACUUUUACAUAUUAGGAUGAUCACGCACGUAACUAUGAUAAAACUGAUUAAAAUAACUGUAAUUUAUUUUGUGUGUGUGUUUAAAUUCCAAUAUUGUUAAUGACUUAACAGCAGGUAUUGUGUUUUCUGUGCACACACAAUUUUAAAAUAAGAUAUAUUUUGGAAGAAAAUUAUUCAAAUGAUGAAAUGAUCACUGCCUAAAGAUAUCUCUUUUGAAUUUUGAAUGGCUAAAAAUUGCACUAUCAAAUCCUAGAACAGUUAUUACAUAAUGAAGGAAGCCAAGCUUAAUUGUUGGGGAAAUUCCCCCAUCCACAGCUUUUGGUGUGUAGUUGGUUUGUUUUAUGCUUACUUUUUUUCGACUUUGUCUUAAGUAUGUUUGUGUGGCAGAUAGACUGAGCUAUGAGUGGCUCCAAUCUAAAAUUAAUGCAUAUAUUUUCGACUUGAUGCAGUUGUUCAACAUUUCCCUUCAUAGCUACAACCAGUUCAUGUUAAUCCAAUAAUUCAGUGAUUACAUGUGGAGUCUGGCUGGAUUUACACACCUCCAAAAAAUGUAUCACAAUGUAUGUGCACAUAUGUGAUUGUUUUUAUUUCCUUUGAAAAGGACAGAAUUUGGACAUAUCUGAUACGGACCUUAUAAGGUCACAAUUGAGGAGCUGCAACCAGCAACUAUUUGGCCUUUUUGCUUGAUAAAUGUAUAAUUUCCAAACAGUUCAUUGUCAAGGCUAUACUCUUUAGAACUCAAACGAUUCAGGAAAUGAAAAUGUAUUUUUCCGGGAAAGAAAUGCUAAACAAAAAGAUGAGGUUAUAGUGUAGUUUCAAGUAGUCAAAUUUGGAUUUUGUGCCACUGAGACGUGUAUGGAAAAAAAUAAUGAUUUGGCCACUUGAGUUGUUAAGUGUUUAGUCUAGUCAAACCUGAACUGACAUGUCAUUUGUUUACUGUGCAUACAAAUAAAAGUAUUCAUGGGGAAAAUGUU